UAGUCAAACCAAUUUGUCAGUCAGUAAGAACCAGGAAAACUAUACUCAUCCUUUUCUUUUGGGUGCUAGUACUAGUGUAAGACAAAGAUAAUAUGAUUCUCUCUGUCUAUGUUUGAAAUGAGACAGUCAUUUGACAAACUAUAACAGAUUUCUACAGGUUAUUGAAGAACCUCCUUCUACACUUUGCCGGUAUUCUGUCAUCUGAGAGAAAAUUAUCAAACCCAAAAUUUAAUCAUGAGAUAGAUGUGAGAUAGUGGGCAGAGAGGUUACCACUCUCGCCAUGAGAUUCGGCAAUGGAGACCUCACGAGUGAAAAGACGCAAGGCAAGGAUGAAAUCGCGAUCAACGCCUCCAUAGCCCACAUCGUGUUGAGCUGCGUUGCCGGACAAGGAAUAAGUCACUGGAAUGAGAUAAACUUUAUCCAACCUGGAAUGCAUGGAAACCUAUUCCUGUUUGGAAUUUGUGGAUACCUUCUGCACCAAAGCGCAAGAUUUAAAAUCAAUAUGGGCCCAGUGUAUAAUUUCAGCACAAGAGCUACGCGCUAUCUUCCUAUUCCAUGCAUGAUGGCCGACCUCUAUAAAGGUAACCAUCUUUUCGCGGGCCUACAUUUGAUGUCGGGCUUAGUUCCCUUUUCAUUGUCAAUGAUGGGCACUAGUUUUGACAGCGCACAAAUCGGGAAUUUAGUUAUAGCUGGCAACAUUAUCUCUCUAGGACAUUAUUCUUUGGAAAACAAUAUGGAGUGGGGAUUUUAUACGGCUGCCGCCGCGGUUUUUACUUAUUAUUUGUGCCCCCAAUCGGGUCCUAAGAUCAUAUAUCCUUUUGGCUUGGCACUGAUGGAGUAUUGCGCUUAUAGGGCGUCUAAAAUUAAAUUAGAACGUAAGAAGAUGAUUUUGAAUUUUAUCGUAGCCGUGUUGCUUAUCAUUGAUCCUUGCGGCUGCUGAUUGUAGAGAAAACCAGCCCUCU